AUGGCGCUGUCCUCCUUGAUCAUGGACGACUUCGAGGACAGCAGUUUCGAGGACGGUAGAAAUGUGUCGUUGAACAAAAGCAAGAACUCGUUCCGGUGGACCAAAGAAGAAGACGAGCUCCUCAAGCAUCUAGUUCAGACGAUCGGUCAGAGCGAUUGGGCAACGAUUGCGUCACACUUCAACGAUCGUUCCGAUGUACAGUGUCAGCAGAGAUGGCACAAAGUUGUGAAUCCAGAGCUCGUCAAAGGCUCCUGGUCGAAGGAAGAAGAUGAAAAAGUCGUAGAACUUGUGAAAAAAUACGGUCCCAAGAGAUGGACCGUCAUCGCAAAGCAUCUGAAAGGUCGCAUUGGAAAGCAGUGUCGCGAGAGGUGGCACAACCAUCUGAAUCCCAACAUCAAAAAGAGCGCUUGGACUCGAGAUGAAGAACAGGCAAUCAUUCAAUACCACGCUCAACUCGGCAAUCAAUGGGCUCGGAUCGCGAAAAUGUUGCCUGGAAGAACAGACAACGCCAUUAAAAACCACUGGAACUCAACGCUCAAGAAACGAGUUGAAGGAGGCGAGAACAUGCGCUCGUCCGGCAAGCGGAAACAGAAACGUCAAAGCGCCCAAGCUUCGACGAGUUCGAUUCUAAUGGAUUCUUCAAAUGUUGUGAAAGAGGAGCCGACAGAAUCCUUCUAUCCUUCAUCGUCGACAGAUUCCUUGCAACCUCUGUGGCAAGAUGAGUACUACAGUAGCUCGGAAAACCGACAGUGUUCAUCUCAGCCUGUCCCAAUGUACUCUACCAUGUCACCGGUUAGACACGAGGACAUCAAUAGAAUCUUGUCGCCGCUGAAGGAUAUUCGAGUCGAGGAACUUCAAGAAAUGGAAGAAGAUUUCCAAGAGUCAGUUUCGCCCUACGACGGGAGACAUGUUGUCCGUCCAGAUCAUGGCAGCUAUUUAAUGACCGACAAUGUACAGCGAUGUCUGCAGACACCACCGAUCCUCAAGAGACGGAGACCAUUAGGAGAGACCCCGAACCCACCAGUCAGCUUGCGUUUGGGUGGUUACGUGAAAUACGACACGCCGACUCCGGCGACGUGCACCUUCUCGCCCUCGCAGUUCCUGAAGCAUCCGCAGACACCGACGUCGUCGACCCAUCAACUAGAUUCCUCGCUGUGCGCCCCGUUGAGUCCGUCGGCGAUGUUGUGCUCGACGCCGAAAACUCAACAACGAACCCCGUCGAAGCGGGACCAUACUGUGACACCAAGGACGCCCACUCCUUUCAAGAAAGCCUUGGCUGAAAUCGAAAAGCAGAGAACAAACACGGGCCCGACGCUAGACGAAUUGGAUGAUCUUAUUACACCGGUGUCGGGGCCGCAGGCUGUAUACGUAUCGCUCGACAAAGAAAACUCUAUGAAUAACGGUCAUGUCCCCGUUCGCAAGGCGAGGAAAGCUUUGCAUCAAUCGUUCGCGACCGAGAAACUUCCGCCCGUCAACGAAGACUACAUGUACCCCGAAACGCCAAGCAAGAGCCUGAUCGAGGAUAGCUCGGUGCGCUUCUCCCCUCCUCAGAUCCUCCAAGACGCUCUUACAGAAAGAGAUCCGAACGUGCAUUGGAACGCUCAGCGUUUCAAGAAAAGACUGGAACCGUUGAACGCAGCUUCCCAGGAAAACAUCGCCAAUGCACCGUUUGGAGCCGUCGUUGCCGGACGAACUCGGGACCAGCUCGAGUUAACGGAGCAGGCCUUGUAUUUUAUGCACAUGAAGCCCCGGCCGCUUAAUCUCUGAAAAAAUCAUUUUCACGUAUUUUCCCCGAAGGAACGAAGCACGGUAUCGACAUAUCGGCGAGUGGCGAAUGCUGAGCGCCGCUCCGCGAUGCUCUUAGCGCCAUCGUC